CAAAAAGCAAGAGCAAUACAAUUUCUAGGUGUUCACGAUUGGCUUGAAUGAAAAAGGGAGUCGAAGGAGCAGGAAGCAUGUCCUUGUCUCAGCAGCGAAGACGACAGCUGAGUUUAAGCAAACUGGCGAAUGCAAGCUUGUCAACAUCCUUACCAGAUAUCCAAGAAGAUGAACCUACUCUGUUGAAUACGGCACCUCAGCCGCCAGAGGAAAGUAUGGAGCAGGAAGCAAGAAGGAUCUCCUUGUCUCAGAAGCAAAGACGACAGCUGAGUAUAAGAAAACUGGCGAAUGCAAGCUGGUCAACACCCUUACCAGAUAUCCAAGAAGAUGAAUGUACUCUGUCGGAUACGUCACCUCAGCCGCCAGACGAAAGUAUGGAGAAUUUCAGCGAGAUUCAAGAAGAGGGGCUUAGGACAUCAGAGACGAUAUUCCAGGAUCUGAACGAACCUGCUGAGAAUCAAGAAGAGUGGCUUGCUGCAUCGGAAGUGAUGUCUCAUCAGUCUCUAGACGAAACUCUAGGGAACCAAGACUUGCGGCUUGGAUUAGCGUUGAAGUUGCGCCCAUCACUUCCGGAGGAUGUUACAAACGAAAUAAAGAGAAACUUUUUCGUUCGAAAAACAAAGCAACUGAGAGAAAGAAAGAAACUGAUCGAUGGAGUAAAGAAACGAAGAGAAUUGAGAGAACCACUUGGGCAAUUGAACCAAAACACGAGUCCACCCAGUACUACUUCAAAAACGGACGAUGUAUCAAAGAACCAUUUUAAUUACGAGAGGGAAGCAGAGAGCAAUGAUAAUGUCACACGUGGGACAUAUGGAUCGAUUUGCAAGACAGAUGAUGCCCCAUCUUCCAAACCAAAUACGAAUGCGAGAAACAAAAUUCAGAAACUAUUGGGCGAAGAUAUGGAAAAGUUAGAAAUGAUUAUUCAGCUACAAAAUGAUUUGUACGCCUCCAAGAUGGAAUGCGCUAGACUUCAAAUGGAUAAAAGAGGUCUCAGGUCAAAAAUGGUAACUACUGAUGCAGAAACUUCGUUAUUGCGUCAGCAAGUAAGUGAUCUCACGUCAGAAACGCAGUCUUUGCGAGAACAAUUAAGUAAGCGGAAAAAGCAGUCAGAAAAACAAUACGAGAAUCAUAGGAAGGACAGAAUAAAGUUUGACAACUCUACGGAGCUUAUUGCCCAAGCUAAAAUUGGACUCACGAAGGCGCUAAACGAUGCUAGCAAUCUUGAGGCUAAAAUCGAUGAUUUAGAGAUAACUGUAGACGACCGAGAAAGGCGCCUAGACGAUCUUUACGAAACCAUCCAACGACAAACUGAAACUAUUGAAAUGAUGAACUUGAAAUUGAAGGACAAGGACACAUUACUAAGGCUCAGCGACAAUGAAAGACAGAAGCUGGAAGAAGAAGUCGAAGCUUUAAUUUCUGCCAAUGAUGGGGAGGAUACUGGGGAAACCCUGCGUCGUUUAGAACGGGAAAGAGAAACUUGGUUAUGGGAUCGGGAACAACAAAUAGAAGAUGCGAGAAGAGAGUUGGAAGAUGAGAAUGACAGGAAUCUCGAAAGAGAAAAAUUCAGACAUCGACAAGAAUUAGACAUGUUGACGGAAUAUGCAGACAAAAAGAAGCAGAUCGAAGAAAAGCAGCGAGAAAUGAAAGAUUUUGUGAACCAGCAAAUUGAUGAUAUGAUGGACGUGAAUCAUAAGCUCCAAGAAAGGCUAGCAAACGAACGAGAAGACUUGUGUCUUGAAAGAGAAGAACAGGACGAGACGAUUGCAUCUCUAGAGUUGGAAAUCAUUGAUCUUCAGACACAACUAGCUACUCAGAAUCGUGACGAGAAGGAACUCAUUUAUCUAAGAGCGGCGGUUGAGUCCACAAAAGAAGAACUCAGUGAUGCACUAGCACAAAAUAAAAAAUUGGAAGGAAUAAUUAACGAGCAUGGAAUUAAAAUCGGCACGAAAAAGAAGAAAACGUCGAAAGGUAAAGGGAAGAAGAAAAAGUCAUCUCAGAAAAAGAAAUCUUCGAAAGAUAAAUCAUCGAAGAAGAAAUCAUCGAAGAAAAAUUUAUCAAAGAAGAAAUCAUCGAAGAAGACAUCUUCAAAGAUGACAUCUUCGAAGAAAACAUCUUCGAAGAAAACAUCUUCAAAGAAAACGCCGCAGAAAAAUUCUAAGUUAAAGAAAUCUUCGAAGAAGAUGCCCAAGAAGAGUAGCGAUAAAAACAGGGGGAAAAAAGAAGCAAAAAAAUCCAAGACUUUUUCCAAAAAGAAAUCGAAGAAGACGCGAAAACGGAGAGGGAGCAGCGACGAUUCAGCAGAUUCAUUGGCUGUGUUGAAAAGUGUUCGUCGACACGUAAGGAAUGACGAUACAUGGUCGAGUCAGAUACCUGUGUCAAUUAUAUGUAGUCGAAUGCAGUGAUUAAUGGAGAAUACAGAAACACAUUGAAUGGUCUCUAGCCAACCGAUUAGAUCCGUUGGUGAUGUGUCGGGAUUUUUGAAGAGAAAAUUUUGUAAUGAUUAGGGGUUUGAAAAACUGGGGAAGGGCUUAUCUGUACAAUUAUUAAGAGUUACAUAGAUGUACAAUACAGAAACAUCUAGAAU